CGGUUGAACCGCAGUGCCGCCUGUCUUUUUCACUUCUGGUUCGCGGGAUCGCUCUUGCCCAUCUGCCGGUUAGCUUGCUACAGACGGCAUGGUGGUUGUGAGUGACGCUGCUCACUAAUGUAUGCAUAUACAUGCCGAUACACGGGUGGAUCUGAGUACUUACCUCCUGCAGCAGCUUGUUCUUCUCAACCCAGUUGUUGUACACGUUGAGUCCGAUAAACAGCGUGCCGGCGACUACACAAAGCUUUUGUUUCAGCUACGUUUGUCCAUUACUGCGGUUUCAAGAACCGAGCGCUCGCAGUCGUUUUGCUUAUCCAAAGGCAGAUCCGGCUGUUUAUCACACUCCCGUUGGUGGGUGUUUCUUUUACCUGUGGUUGCAAACAGCGCUGUCGAAACCGACUUUUGCAUAACGUCGUAGAAGCGGAACCGAUUAAUGCUCAUUUUUCGCUUAGAAUGUGCUGAAUUUAAAAAACGCAGAGUACCUGAAAGACAAGGUGAACACUGCAG